AAAUAGAACAUAACCUUAUAUAUAUAAAUUUCACCUCUUGAUUUGAUAGUCGAAAAUUUGUUAAAUUUUGGAGUAAUUAUUGCGCUAAUCUAAUAUCUGGAGUGAUAUGUUUUAAGUUUUUUGAGUCGGAGUAUUUAUAUUGAUCAUGGCAAAUUGUAUAAGAAACGUUGUUGGUAAAGUGAGGCAUAUUAAUUCUACUUUAAUCAAAAAGCAACCCCUGGAAACUAGGCCCCUAUUUAACGAAUCAUUGCAGCCACGAUUAAAACAGGAAUCGAGUAUAAAAUAUAUAACCCAAGUAGCUUGUGUGAAUUAUAAUGAGGAAAAACCCGAUAUUUUACAGAAAGGAAAUAGCGUUUCACUGAGUUUGGACAAUAGGGAACUUGCUAGUGAUGUUGUUAUUAAGGAAUAUUUACCAAUGGAAAGACAUUAUAUGAACAACUUAGUACAGUCGGUAACUAUUGGAGAAAACAAAGAACAGCAUUUAGUUCAUGCUGCCGAAAGUAGUCAAUCCCAGAGACAAAGUCAAAGUUCACCUUUGGAUAAACCUACACCAGAAAAUUUGAAUAAAGUAUUUGAGAAUUUAAGCAGAUCACUGCCAAAAUUAUUCGUUCAGUCGAUGGAUUAUAGUAUCUAUCACCCAGAAUUGAUUUAUGAAAAUAAUAUAAGAGGUACAAAAACAGUGGGUUUGUACCAUUUCAUAAAAGAUGUUGCCUUGUUACGUACAGUAGGUCAUUUGAAGUAUGCUUAUGUAAAAUUAGAGGUAUUGAAAAUCACCCAACACCCAGAAGAUUCGACAAUUAAAGUUAGGUGGCGUGUCAGAGGUGUAUCAGGUUUAAGUGUAAUGCUAAAAUUUUGGAAAUACAAGAUAUGGAAUUUGAGAAAUAUUUUAGAACAUUCAGACACGUGGUACGAUGGAUUUUCCACAUUCUAUGUUAAUGGUAAUGGCAUUAUCUUCAAACAUAUAGCGGAUAAGAUGAUGCCAGAUUCUAAUGAAGAACGUUCAGAAGUUCGUCUUCCACAUGAAGACGCAGCCAAGUUGAUGCUUUUGAUAGGUGUAAUUCCCAAAGUUUCAAGUGUUAUAUUACAGUGAUAUCACUCUAGUUCCAGUAUUUAAUGAUGCAAGUAAUUUAUUGUUGAAACCUUCAUCCCUACUAUUAUUGUGUAGUUAAAUAAUUAUUUAAUUUUGUAAUUACUGUAUAUAGCAACAAUAAAAUUUAAAGCGAGCUCCGCUUUAACUAAGGAUAUA